AUGCUGAUGGCACCAGUACUGUCCGAUAAGAGUGGAGUCGGAGCAUCAGCAGAAACACCAAAGUCCGCAAUGGUGGCGAUCACACUGACCGCGACGAUCCAUCAGCUCAAGCCGCCAUCAUGCGGCGUCCUGGCGCGGCAAGCCGGCACGUGCGCGGGCCCGUCGGGCCUCCAGCGCGCUGUGCUGUACAUCGCCAUGGGGCUGCUCGUCGUCGGCACGGGCGCCACGAGUCCGACCAGCCUGCCAUUUGGCGCGGACCAGUUCGAUGAGAGGCGCCACAAGGAAGGGCUCAGACGCUACUACAGCGGGUACUACGUCGUCACCAUGAUGGCCACGUUCCUGGCGCUCACCGUCAUAGCGUACGUCCAGGACAAGGUGAGCUGGGGCCUUGGCCUUGCAAUCCCAACGGCUCUCAUGCUGGCCACCUUUGUCGUGUUCCUCGUCGGCACGCCGUGGUACGUCUACGUGCUGCCCGAGGGCAGCAUCUUCGCUAGCGUCGCGCGGGUGGCCGUCGCAUCUUGCCGGAAGUGGCGGCUCCGGCUGCCGCACCCCAACGACGCGCAGCGGCAGGAGGCGCUACUCUAUAGCGACCCCCCUCCCGCCGCCGGCCGCGUUGUAGACUUCAGGCUCCCGCUCACGCUGCAACUCAGCUUUCUAAACAAGGCUGCCAUGGUGACCGACGCCGACGAGAAGCGGCCCGACGGGUUCCCGGCGCGGCCGUGGAAACUUUGCAGCGUACAGCAGGUGGAGGAGGUGAAGUGCAUCGUAAAGAUCAUUCCCAUAUGGAUCUCCGGCGUGCUGUGGUUCAUCGGCAUGGUAGAGAUUUCCAACUACACGUUUCUGCAGGUUCUUACCAUGGACCUCCACAUGGGCAAGAACUUCUCCAUCCCGCCGGUGUCGAUAUUCGCCAUAUUCUACCUCUCAGUUGCGCUCUUCGUGUUCAUUUACGAGCUGCUCAUCGCCCCGGUCGUGCAGCGGCUCACCAAGACGGAGGGCGGCCUCACCUUGCUGCAGAGGCAGGGCGUCGGGUUCGCGAUCAGCGUGCUGUCGUUCGUGAUUGCAGCCAUGGUGGAGCGCCGGCGUAGGGACUCCGCGCUCGGACACGGUGACGGUGGCACGUCGCCACUGUCCGUGUUCCUCGUCGCACCGCAGCUCAUGGUGAUGGGCUUGUCCGCGGCGUUCAGCAUGGUUGGGCAGAUGGAGUUCUACAACACGCAGUUCCCGCACCAGAUGCGCACGCUCGGGAACGCAGCUUUCUACUGCGCCCAGGGCGCCGGCAACUAUCUGGCCACGCUGGUGGUGAACGUCGUGAACGCGAGGACGAGGCGGCGUGGCGGCGGCGGAUGGGUCAGCGACGACAUCAACGAAGGGAGGCUGGAUUACUUCUACUACGCCAUGGCCGUGUUCGGGGCGGUCAACCUCGUCUACUUCCUCGUCUGCUCCAACUUCCAUCGGUACAAGGACCAGUAG